AUGACACAAACCUUUCAUGUUAUUUUCUGCCGCACAAACGUACCUAUCGAGGUGAGAACAAAGAAGAGACAUUCAGUCUCUGAAAGGCACUUGAUCGGUAGACUGACGCAAGCCUGGCAGCAUUUGGCUAGGAUGGACAGCAACGUCAGUUCAGAGAGGCUCGAUCAAGAGAAAAUUGGCAGCGGAGGCUAUUUCGGAACAACCUACGCAUUCCUGUACGAUUUGCUAACGAAAUACGACUUGUCCACAUAUGCGAACAGCGCAGCUCAAAUUACAUACACCCAACAUAUAUUUAAGAAAUCACCUACAUCUAUCCAACCUUGGAUCGAUCAAAAAUACACAAAUCACAUAGAAAUAAUAACAGAGUUUGUAAAAGUGAUGGGCUUGAUCCAUAUUAUAGGCAUGAUAUCGUACAAUACUUUCGGCAGCAGCUCCGCUAGUCUCCCUUUUCCGCGGUCCCACCUGGCGCCAUCUGUGAACAGUCCGUACAAAUACGUCCCAUCCUCAGGCGCAUCAUUCAUCCGAUCUUGCCUCAUGAUCUCGAAGUCAAACGUCAACUUGUCAAUGGGGAUCGCGUACUUUCUGAGAAUACCGAAAUAA